UUUUGGAGUGCUUCUCUGGGAAAUAGCUGAACAAAGGGUUCCAUUUCAAUAUCUUGAUAAUGAUAUUGUAAAAAUUCGUCAGAGGGUUCUUGAAAAUAAACGAGAGCCACUUUCUUUACCAUUACAAGUUCCAAAUAAAUGGGAAGAGAUUGUUUAUAAAACUACAGCCUUUAAUCCUAGGAAUCGCCCAAUUCUUACGACUAUAUUUAUGGAUCUAUUUGAUCUUUCCAAAAUACAUCUUCCAGCUACACAACACCCUAAUAUAUAUCCAACGACUCUUUUUCCGUCAAAUCCAAGACCCUUCUAUACUGUUCAAGAUGCCAUUAAAAUUCAUAAAAUCAAAGGUGGCGAUCGUAAAGAAGCAUAUGAAAUAUUUCGCUACUAUGCGAAUUUGGGCGAUUCUACAGCGAAAUAUUGGGUCGGCUAUUAUUUGUAUUAUAAUUGCUUAAAUAACAAAGAAACUCACGAGCAACGCCAAAACACAAUAGUACGAGCUGCACAAUAUUUUAAAGAAACAGCUGAUAUGGAUAUGCCUGAGGCUCAACUUCGAUAUGGCAAUUGUCUAUGGAAUGGCGAAGGUAUCGAAAAAAAUGGAUCAUUAGCCGUGGAAUAUUUUUUGAAAUCUGCAGAUAAUGGAAACUCAACAGCUAUGUAUAACGUUGGGAACAUGUAUUUCAAUGGAAAUGGAGUAAUUCUAAAUAGGGAAAAAGGUGCAUAUUAUCUCAGGAUGGCAGCAUUAAAGGGUCAACCGAAAGCUGUCGAUGCGUGUAAAACACAUCAUAUUCUACUUUAA